AUGAAAUUAAUAAAACAGCCAGAUUAUAAAGCAAAUGAGUCAGUUUACUUACCUCAUCAUGCCGUGGUCCGUGAAGAUAAGUCUACCACCAAAACAAGAGUUGUGUUCGAUGCAUCUUGCAAAAAUGAAAACGGUAUAUCAUUAAAUGAUACAUUAUUAGUAGGACCUACGAUACAAGGCGAGUUACGUCACCUUAUUAUGCGCUGGAGAAGCUAUCCCGUAUGUUUAACUGCGGACAUAAUUAAAAUGUAUAGAAUGAUUAAAAUAGCAGAAGAAGAUAAUGAUUAUCAACGAAUUGUAUGGAGAGAGAAUAUAAAUGAUGAAAUAAAAGACUACAAAUUAUUAACUGUCACCUUCGGAACAUCAUCAGCUCCUUUUUCAGUCAGAGCACUUAAUCAGGUGGCUUAUGAUGAAGGAGAAAGGUAUCCUUUGGCUGCAGCACGGGUUGCUAAAGAGUUCUAUAUGGAUGAUUUAAUGACCGGAGGAGAAACAGUACAGGAAUGUUUACAAAUAUAUCAUGAAAUGAAUGAACUAUUAAUGAAAGCUGGAUUUAAAUUACAAAAAUGGAAUAGCAAUAAAGAUGAAAUUAUGGAGGUAAUACAAAAUGAUAAAGAGAGAGAAGGAAGAGAAAAGGAGAUUAGUAAUACAGAUACAAAAAUAGAAAAUAUAGAAAUAAAAACAGAUAAUACUAUUAACAUAUUAGGACUUACCUGGAAUAGAAACCGCGAUGAAUUCCAAUAUUCAGUGAAGUUACCGCCGCUGUCCGCACCUGUAACUAAAAGAAAAAUAUUGUCAGAUGUAGCUAGGUUAUAUGACCCGAUGGGUUGGAUAGCACCUAGUGUAGUAAUAGCUAAAGUAAUGAUACAGAAACUCUGGUUGGCCGGUUUAGAAUGGGAUGAAGAAGCACCUAAAGAGUUAAUAAAAGAAUGGCUUACUUACCGUUCAGAACUGCCACAACUUACUGCAUAUAAAAUUCCCCGAUGGAUGUACACUAAGAAUGAUAAUGUCAGCGUUGAAUUGCAUGGCUUUAGCGAUGCAUCUCAAAUAGCAUACGCAGCUGUGGUAUAUGCUCGAAUUAUAGAUUCGAGUGGAGUAGUACACGUGUCAUUAGUUAGUUCAAGGAGCCGAGUAGCUCCUAUAAACCAAAUUAGUAUACCACGCUUAGAACUCUGCGGUGCAGUAUUGUUAGCAAAAUUACUAGUAGAAGUUGCAGAUAUAUUAGUUGUUCCAAUAACAAACGUAAAGGCAUGGACCGAUUCCACGGUAGUAUUGGCUUGGUUGAGUGCUUCUAAAGAAUUAAAAUGUUUAUUUAAUGUAGAAAAUUCGUCGAUGUCCAAGGAAAUAGCUGAAAUUUUAGCUACAGAUGGUACUUCAUGGAAGUUUAUACCUCCUAGGGCACCUAAUUUUGCUGGUUUAUGGGAGGCAGGGAUCAAGUCCACAAAAUUCCACGUAAAACGCGUGAUUGGGGACGCUACUUUAACAUUUGAGGAAAUGUCUACACUUCUGUGCCAAGUGGAGGCAUGUUUGAAUUCGCGCCCAAUUUCAAUAAUGAGUAAUAAUCUAGAGGAACCAUUACCAUUAACUCCGGGACAUUUUUUAAUAGGAGAACCUCUAGUAAAUGUUCCUUCACCAAAUUAUGAAAACUUAAAUAUUAGUUCAUUAAAAAGAUGGCAAUUGGUCCAAUGA